UACAUUUCGGCUGUUAUGGUAAAAAAGAAACGAUGGCCGCCUCACCUUAAAAAGACACUUUUGCUUCAAUAUAGCGUAUGUAGCGUAAUUUCUACAAUUUAUCCAUCACCCAAGAUUUUGCCUACAAUCAAUUUUAAUCAUAAAUGUCGCCAACGGGCUGUUUUUUACGGCCUUGGACGAGUUGAAAAAACACUAAUGAGGAAGCUACGUCGCUAGCUUCGAAUCGUUUAUUAGUUCCUAGCUAACAUUAUGAUGUGGGCAGCUAAUGAAUGAUAAUAUGAAUAACUUUACAGUAUAUGAGAGCUAUCUAUGAUACACGCCAUGUCCAGGAGUAUAACGUGAAACAAAAGCAUUAGGUUAGCCUUUGUGUACUGAACUAGCUCGACUGGCUGCCCGGAGUAAUCAAUACGUGUCAUCGAAAUGGAUUCGAGUGGCAAAUCCGUUGGGAACGACGACAUUGUGAUCAUUGUGGAGAACGAGGCGGAGAGUUUGCCCCUCGGGGAGCCGAGGCCGAAGCCGCCAGGCGCCUUCGGGCUCAUGGACACAUGUCCCAUCUGCAAGUUGAGCUUCCACAACCGAGAGCCCAAACUGCUGCCUUGCCUCCACUCGUUCUGCAAGCGAUGCCUGCCCGCGCCGUUCAGGGGGGUCGAACCCAGGAGGGACCACUCCCUCCACACGCUGGGGCAAGUGGACAGCAACAAGCAAUUGGGGACCAUCCGCUGUCCAGUAUGCCGCCAGGAAUGCUGGGAAAUGGACCUGCUGGACAACUUCUUUGUCAAGGACUCGGCCGAGGUGCCGAGCAGCACCAUGGAGAAAAACAAUCAGGUGUGUAUGAGCUGUGACGACAACACCGAGGCGACGGGCUACUGUUUGGAGUGCAUGGAGUUCUUGUGCGUGACCUGCAUUGAGGCACACCAGAGGGUGAAGUUCACCCGGGAUCACACCAUACGCCAAAAGAAGGAAAUGUCUCCAGGUAGCAUGAAAAAAGACACAUUGACGCAGUCAUCAUUUUAUUUUUUUAAUGACAAACCCUUCACACGUGCAGAAGCAGUCGCCGUCUCCACGCAGAAGCCCGUGUUUUGUGACAUCCACAAGCAGGAGCCGCUGAAGCUCUUUUGCGAGACUUGCGAUCGACUCACCUGUCGGGACUGUCAGCUGCUCAAGCACAAGGAUCACAACUAUCAGUUUUUGGAGGAUGCCUACAAGAACCACAGACAGUAUCUGGAGAGCAUGACACAGCAGUUGCAGGAAAAAAGAAAGGCCAUCGAAGACGUCUCCACCUGUAUCAGAAAUGGACUGCAGCAAGUUGAAGAAAACCGGAAGUCUGUCACAAAUGAAAUCAAGAAAGCCAUCUGUAACCUAAUUAUGGAGAUAAACAGGAAGGGGAAGGUUCUGGCUAACCAGCUUGAGUCGCUUACGAAAGAUCACGAGCUGGGUCUGAAAAAGCAGCAGGAAGAAGUCAACUUGCUGCGCCGGCAGCUGGACCACGUGAUCAGUUUCACCAAGUGGGCUACUGCAAGCCACAGCGGCACAGCGCUCCUCUACUGCAAGAGGCUGAUUCUAUUCCAGAUCCACUAUCUGAUGGGCGCCAGAUGCAGUGCCUCCAUCAUCCCUCAGAGUUCUGUCCGCUUCCAGUGUCGGUCUGGUUUCUGGGCCUCAAAUGUAGACCUCGGUUCUCUAGUGGUUGAACGAAGCUCGGUUCAGGCACUCAUUCCCAACCAACAGCCGGGACCCAGAGGAGAGGCGCAGACUGGGGCGAUGUCGUUAUCCGCCCAGCAGCGGCAGAGCACGCUGGCCCAGCUGCAGAUGCAGGUUGACAAAAUUUCCCAGCAGCCCCACAGGCAGGCCGCAUCCAACCACUGGUCCUGGUAUCAGAACGCCCGGCUCCCCGGACCCCCCGGACCCCACGGACCUCCGCCGCCGACCAGACCGAUCCAAGGAGGCUCCUCCCCUUCCCAGGGUCUCAGCGGCCUGACGCAGAUGGGACGCCGAUACGGGAACGCCCCCGGCAAUAUCAGAAGUCCCAACUCGUCUAUCCUGCAGAACAGCGGCUUCCCACCUUCUCAACAGGGCACGUUCCGCUACCCGCACCCCAUGUCCGCCGGAGGGGCCACGCACGUACAACCGACCCAGCGGAACUUGUCAGAACUUUCCUACCUGAAAAGGACUGAAGCCGGCGGCGGUCCGGUUCCCCCUGUUAACAUCACGCUCACAAGACCCAACUUCGGUUUGAGCCAAUCCUCAACAGCUGCUGACAAACCGGUUCAAGCAAAGCAAAACUCACCAGUGGUUAAAUCAUCGUCUUCAGAGCGAAACGGAGGCCCAGCGUCCUGGAAGGCGAAUACCGAGACGUCGUCUGCUCCCUCGGCCAAGCGACGGAGAAGGUCGUCCCCCGGGCCCAUUAUCGUCAUCAAGGACGAACCAGAGGAUGAGGAUGAAGUCCGCUUUUCCAGCCUUCCCGACAGCAGCACGGGGGCCUGCCCCACGCUGCAGCUCAAGAUCGGCCCCCCUUUCUCCACCCACCAGUCUGACUCCGGCCAGGCGAGGGAGCCGCGCCCUCAGCCCGGAGCGCCGGCCGAGUCCGAGAAGAGCGCCCCGGCGGAGGACGACCCCAACGAGGACUGGUGCGCCGUGUGCCAGAACGGGGGGGAGCUGCUGUGCUGCGACAAGUGUCCCAAGGUUUUCCAUCUGUCUUGCCACAUCCCCGUGCUCAGUGAAUCACCCAGUGGCGCGUGGUUCUGCUCCUUCUGCCGAGACCUCGUCUCACCCGAGAUGCAGUACGAAUGCGACAACAAGAACACGCACGACCAUGAAAGACUGCCACCUGUUGACCAAAGGUCAUGUGAGCGGCUGCUUCUCCUCCUCUUCUGCAACGACUUCAGCACCCACUUCCAUCACGCGUCGGAGUCCAAAAGAUACAAAGAGCUGAUCGCGAGACCAAUGGAUUUAUCUCUCGUGAAGAGGAAGCUGGAGUGGAAAGCAAGCGACGGGGAACGCUACCGCACUCCCGAAGAGUUUGUUGCAGAUGUGAGGCUAAUAUUCAUGAACUGUGCCAAAUACAAGGUGAACAAAGAAGUGAUAAGUGCUGGGUUGUACUUGGAAGACUACUUUGAGGAGCAGCUGAGGCUGGUGUACCCCAACAAGAUAUUUCCCGGCGGAAGGGAAGAAGGUAUGAUCCCGCCACUGGAGGACGAGAUUGAUGACGAAGAAGAAGAGCAGCAGCAGGAGCAAGAGCAGGAGCAGCAGGUGCCGACGCAGGAAAGCCCGACCCACACGGGGGGCGACAAAACACUCAGUCCCGCGGAGAACGCAAUCCCACCCGUGGAGGAGAACGCGCCUCCUGCCGAGGAAGCCGCCGAAGAAAAUUUAAAAACGAAGGAGCAGGCGACCGACAUGAGCAAGAUGGGGACAGACGUCAAGGAUGGGAGUGAAGAUGGAGGAGAGCCCCUAACUCAGAACAAAGUCAAGCAAGAGGAUGAAGCAGCUCCUCCCGAAGAGGUCAAAACCUCUGAAGCUGUGGAUGAGGCAGCAUUCCCAAAAGAGGGAAACACCCCGCUUCCUCCCGAGCAGACUUCUGAAGUCACGGAAAGCCAGGAGAGCACACAGGAAAAUGUCCCCGACGGAGAAAAAGAGGAGCAAGCGGCAGCCGAGAUGGAGUAGCGGGGGGAUGGGGAGGGUGCUGACGUCGUCUUCCACUUUUGCAAUAGGAACCACGAACACCGGACGUUAUUUAAUACAAACUCCUUUUCGAGAUUCUGCAGGGUGGACGUUUUGCAUUUCUUUUGCUGUAAUCAUCCCUCAGAUGUCACUGGGCCGCCCUCAACGACUGACUGAUCUUUCAUCAUUCUGAAGGCAAAAAAAAAAAAAAAGCAAGCGGUCAAAACAAUAUAUUACUCAACGCACGCAUGACGAGUCAUCCUUUCUGUUUUAUAGCUCACGUUUCUUUGAUUUAGUGCAAUAGGAUCUCUUAUAUCAGUAAUGUAUUCAUGACUAUAUACUGU